AUGAAACUGAGACACGGAACCAAUAUUUGCAGCAUUUUGUUUUUCACAGAGUUUUUAUGCUUGAGAACAGUUAUUUUUGGACAAUCUCUUUCGUCAAGUAAAGAAAGAGAAAUAGACGAAACGAAGAAAGGGCUGGUGGAAAAUACGUUGUCAUACAGACUGAGCAAUAUCUCCAACCCGAGGAUAGAUUUUGAAGGAUGUGGUAGGACGAGGAAAUCUUGGGUCUGCAAUCCAGCAGGUGUUCUUGAAAACCUCCAUGCUGAACGCCUAGAUCAUAUGAUCGAUGAUAUCUUGAACUCCACUGUAUGCCCCUGUGCUAAGCCUUGUGAUAAUGGAGUAGCUGGAUACAGCGUAUCAAUUCUGGUUAUAACGAGCAUCUAUGUACCAUCUGGCUCCAGUAUUUUCAAUGAACUGAGUGGUUGGGGUUACGCACUGGCUAAUCAACUGUGGAACUUUGGUACCUGUGGAAAUGACAUUGUUCUCGUGCUUUCACGAGAUGAUGAUAGACGGCUUGAAGCGUAUGCUAAUGAGCUGGUAUCAGAGAAGAUUGGCGGCACAUCAUGCUUGUAUAAAAUACUCCGGGGAUGUCGGCCUUAUCUUUUUGUCAAGAAUUAUGCUGCAGCUCUUCAGUAUGCCGUCAUUAGUCUGAAGAAGGUACUUUUGGGAGAGAAGUGCCCCGAGCCCAAGAACUCAACAGAUUUUAUAUACGACGAAGACAAUAACAGUGUCAAGAUCAACAGUAGAAAACAAGACAACGAUUUGUCAGAAAAAGACUUCGUUGCCGAUGCAAAAGAUGGUGGCCCAGAAAGUGCCCGUCAGUCAGGCUUACAUGUAGAAGAAAGCUCGAACAAAGACGGGGUACCAGGGCUGCUUAUUUCUGGCACUUUCUUCCCCUGGUGGGCUAUCGUCCUCAUAGUGGCUGGUGCUGUAUUGGCCAUUUCCCUUCUUAUCGCCAUGAUAUGCUGCUGUUUUGGUGGCUGCGGUGGGGGACGUGGAUACGCUUAAAACUGAUGUAGACUGAGAACUGUAUAAAUUCUCAUAAUUGGCCAGUUUCCCGUCUCGCCUUAUGACAUUUUUGAGUAAUUACACGCCUACGGACUUCACCUCUAUUUUCAUUUUAUCGCCUUUAAAACAUCUGCAAUAAAAAAUACCACACGUGGGUGACCGCAGUAA